CAGAGCGUCAUUGACGAUUUUAAAAGGCUUAGAGUCCUGUCAACUAAACAUAUCCAUACUCGAACUUUACACACAACGGCCUGACCAUGACUACCGCCCACAAUGCCGAGACACUACUUUCGAUCCUGACAGGCGAGAUGGAGUGGUUUUGGGACACAGAGUGCAAUUGGAUUACGUUCAAGAAGGAUGGCACGGGCCAUUUACGAUGUGGUGCAGGGCUGUGUAUAUUCAUUUCAGCAGAUUUUGAGUGGAAACUUGUCAAUCCAGACUUUCUCGAUCAAGUUCACGACACCACUGUGACUACAAGCAACAGAAGAAAAGAACAUUCACAGUUGAUAAGCCAGUUCGAUGUGGAAAUCACUCUCUUCAAACGUCGCCCUGAGUUGUUCUGCGACCCAAGAUGGAUUUCAAUACCGAUCAACGACUACAAUCUAGGAGAUGAGGCCUUCCGGCCUAAGCGCUAUACGAUAAGAUUAGAAAAAGGUAAUUUCUUUUCCCCGGGAUGUGUUCAACAAGGAACAGAGUGGGAUCCAUGGUAUGCGCUUCGUCUCACCUUUGAUAAGUCGCCAUACCCUCCAAAACAGGAGUGGAAGCGACCAGAUGGACCACAAAUACAUAAUCCUUUUUGGGAAUUGGUAGAGUUUUGUGGUCGAAGUCUGCCGAUGGUGAAAAAGCAGGGAUGGAGCAGCUGCAUAGCAUCAUGAUUAAUUGUGACAGCUAGUGCUGUCCGGUCAGUGGUGGUCUCACAUUCUCAUGGCUCUGAUACGAGGCUCUAUAUCGAUAAAAGAUAAAAUUAUUUACAUCGUCUAUAAGGCUGGACUAGAUAUAUACAUUCCGCAGACCAGCCAGCUGCAAGGCUAAAUCUCAAAAUCUUAUGGACAUCUCAA